UUAAGGUUAGGUUCGUUCUUGUUAAAAUCAGGGUUAGCAUAGUAUUCCAGCAACGAAGCAACUUCAACCCUGUCCUGGACAACCUUAUCCCUAAACUUUCAGAAAAACUUGUCUCUCCCUCAUCUUCCUAAAUCAACAUCACGAAAUAUGGGUAUCCGAGCCCGAAAUGGUAUUGAUCGCUUGAGGACAAUUUGGACACCCGAAAUGGAUCGAUAUUUCAUUGACCUCAUGUUAGAGCAGGUUGGCAAAGGAAAUAGAUUUGAUGAUCAUUUAUUCAGCAAACGAGCAUGGAAGCAUAUGACCUCACUUUUCAAUGCGAAGUUCAAAUUUCAGUAUGAGAAAGAUGUUCUGAAAAAUCGGCACAAAACACUGAGGAAUCUGUACAAGGCUGUAAAAAAUCUCCUUGACCAGAAUGGUUUUAGCUGGGAUGAAAAGCGUCAGAUGGUGACAGCUGAUAAUUAUGUCUGGGAUGAAUAUAUCAAGGUACACCCAGAUGCACGUUCAUACAGAAUCAAAAGCAUCCCAUAUUAUAGUAAUUUAUGUAUGAUAUAUGGAAAUGCAACCACUGAACAAAAAGGUGACAUUGUGCCAGAAUUAGCAUUACCUACAGGUGAGAAUGGAACAAACACACAGCCAACAGAUGUUAGUGAAGGAGCUGUGGAUGCUCUUCAUGAAAUCCUGAUUGAUGAAGAUUAUGAAAUCUCUAUAUCUGAAAAAGUCGAUGGUGCUCCCCAAGCUUUACCAGAUGUAACUGGAACCACUAUGGGUAGCCGGUCCAGGACUUAUUGGCAGCCACCAAUGGACCGUUAUUUUAUUGACCUUAUGCUAGAUCAUGUGCAGAAAGGAAACCGUGUUGAUGGUGUAUUUAGCAAACAAGCAUGGAUGGAGAUGAUUGCAUCAUUCAAUGCUAAAUUUGGCUUUAACUAUGGCAUGGAUAUUCUAAAAAAUCGAUACAAAACUCUGAGAAGGCAAUAUAAUGUCUUAAAAAAUCUUCUUGACCUGGAUGGUUUUGCAUGGGAUGAUACACGCCAAAUGGUGAUUGCUGAUGACUACAUCUGGCAAGAUUAUAUCAAGGCACACACUGAUGCAAGACAAUUCAUGACUCGACCUGUUCCAUACUAUAAAGAUUUGUGUGUGAUAUGCGAUCCAAGUGCUGAUGAAAGAGACUGUAUUCUGGGUUUAGAGCAGAAAAACGAAGUUGAGCAAGUAAAGAUGCAAAGAGCAUCAAAUUCUUCUGAGUCUCCUGCUACAUCUGUUUCCAGUGAAGACCAAGAUGGCGAUGUGCAGGAGUCUAUGCAUACAGAUCAGAAGAACAAGCGUCAAUUGGAAAACCAGUUAAGUUAUGUUCAUCUUAAAAAACCACGCAUUAAAGAUGAGAGCAUGGCUGAUGCUCUUCGUGAGAUGGCAAGUGCAGUUAAUUCUCUUUCUGAUAAGAAGAAAGAUGAUGAGAACUCCAAUUCCAUUCCAAUAGAGAAUGUGAUUGAAGCAGUUCAAGCGUUACCUGACAUGGAUGAAGACCUCGUAUUGGAUGCCUGUGAUUUCCUAGAGGAUGAAAAGAAAGCAAAAACUUUUCUAGCGUUGGAUGUUAAAUUACGAAAAAAAUGGUUAUUGAGGAAACUUCGUCCACAGUAGUAGGAUCUUUGUAGUUCUAUAAUCCAAUAUUAUUUACUUUUGCAAGAUUUUGUUCUCUUGGAAAUUUUCUAACAGAGUAGGGAGUUUUUAUUCUUUGUAAUGGUGAAUAGUAUACAAAUAGAAACUUGCAGCCAAAAGAAAAGAAGACAAGCAGAACCAACUUUUUGGAUAUUGUGAAGAAAAACAAUACAACUAUCUACUGUCUUCUAGGUGGAGACAAGGUUCAUCAAUGUUCAUACAUAUGAAAUAGAUCUUGUCAUGAGUGACUAAUUUUAAGAAUAUGGAGUAGUUUGUAACACCAAAUCAAAUAGAAGAGUCAUGUAAUUCAGUUACAUUA